AUGGCGAUGGCGCAAAGGCCGUGCAGGCCGUCCUUUCGAGCCGACCCGCGUCCGCUCGAGCUUCGGCCGCGCCGAAGACCUGUGGUUUCCCGCGCUUCGGGGAAGGAGGAAAUUGGCGCUUCGUUGCAAAGUUCAGCGACGUGGCCAGCGCUCUUCGUGUCCUCAGCUGUGGCGAACCGCGUGUCCAACCGCGUGCUGCUGGCGCCGAUGAUGCGCCACACCUACUUCUUGGCGCUGUGUACCACGGUGGUGCAGCUGGCGGUCUACGGCGCCUGGCUGCGGCGCCGGAUCCGGCGAGGCCUGGUGACGGAGCCCAUGUGGUCCUUCGCCAAGGCCAAGCCGCUGCUCCUGGCGACCUUCGGCUUGUGCGAAGGCGCCUUCUUCCCGCUGGUCUUCUACAGCGCGGCGCGCUUGCCGGGCAGCUUGGUGCAGGUCCUGAACCAGACGCUGAUCCCCUUCACCGUGGCUCUAAGCUUCGGCUUCUUGGGGAAGCGCUAUGACCUCACGCAGAUGAGCGGCGUGGCGAUCGUGCUGGCCGGGGUGCUGGUGGUCUCUUCCUUGCCCUCGAAAGCGCCGAGCGCGCUGGCCUUUGUGCUGCUGUGCGUGGCUGCCUAUGGGCUGCAGGCUGCAGCCAUGGUGGUGAAAGAGACCGUGUUCUCCCAGUACAAGCGGAGUGAAGGCGGCGGUCGGAAGCCCUUCGACCCAGCGUUGUUCCUGGCGGCAGGCACCAGCAGCCGCUGCCUGGUGCAAGUCCUCGCCUGGCCGCUGUAUUUGCACGUCACCGGAGGGCCCGGGCUGAGGAGCUGCGCGGCGGCGGGGCUGCAGGCGGUGGGCGCGGUGCUGCCGCUGGCGGCCUUCUACAUCGCCGCCAACGUGGCGCUCAGCAUAACGGCCCUGCUCAUGGUGCAGCAGACCUCUGCAGCCACCACCGUGCUGGCGAAUGUGGUGGCGCUGCCGCUGAGCGCGCUGCUCUUCUGCCUGCCGCUGCCGCUGCUGGAGCAGCAGGCCUUCCAAUGGCGCCUGGGGGCCAGCUUGCUGCUGGUGGUCUUGGGGAACCUCUUAUACAGUCACCGUGCGCUGAAGAGGUGA